AUGGCGGCCGCCGCCGCCGCCGCCGCCGCCAUCGUCCUGUGCGAGGACGACCGGGGGAUCCCUCGAUCCCUCCCCCUUCUCGAUGCGCUCGUCGAGGAGGAUGCCCGCCUCCACGCCGCCGCCGCCUCCCAACCCGCCGGAAACGAUCUGGUCCGCGCCUUCCGCGGGCGGACGGUUCCCAAGGUGCCGAUCCGGGACUUCCUCGAGCGGAUCUAUGUGCUGGUUCGGUCGGAGGCCGCCACCGGACAAGUGAUCCGCGUCGACGGUACGUGUUUCGUGCUCGCUGGCGUUUAUCUGACGCGAUUCAUCGGCAGCCACGCGGCGCGGGUGGCGGGGAUCGUGGUGGAGCCGUCCACCGCGCACCGGCUGGUGGCUGUCGCGCUUUUCCUCGGCGGACACUCCCCCAAGAACUGGGCCGCCGUGUUCGAGGCCGCCUCAGACCGCGCGAUCCGCACCGGCGAGAUCGCAGGCCUAGAGGAGCGGUUCUUGCGCGCGAUCAGCUCCCGCUUGUUCGUGGACGGCCACGAGUUCAAGUGCUUCUGCGGGGUGCUGGAGAAGGUGCCCCUGCCGCCGCUCGGGAGCUGCGCCAGUAAGAAGAGGCGGGCGGAUGCCGUGACCGGAGACGAGGAGGAGGAGCACCGCCGCGUCCGUGCUUGCGUGCCACCACCCGCGGCACAGCGCUUUGAGAAGAAGACGGUGGAAUCUCGUGGCUGGAGGCUGAAGUACACAGUCCACAAGGUGUUUUCGUUUUGCUCAGCUGCUCGUCACCGGGACCCCAAGUGGAGUUUUCGAUUUGGUCAACUGCUCGUCGCCAGGGCCAGCCAAGGUUGUCUAACAAUUCGAGCCGCUGUUAGCUCCUUGGAAGAGUUUAUUUAUUAA